GGACGAGACACGCGCCCCGGCAUAGUUUUCUCUCCGACGAAUCGCAAAGAUGUAGUCGAAAAGAAUAUUUGGGUCCUCUCGGCUGGGCCCGGCGGAAGACCAACGUUUCGUCAGCCGAGAACAUUGUGUCGCAACGAUCGGUUUACUUUUAUCUUCUCAGUCACUUUUAUCUAUCUAUCAGACCUACCGGUGUUAUCGGUGGUUUUAUGGUGUAUUUCAAAUAAAACCCGUAAAACGCCAAACGUAAGAGGAACCGAGGAAAGCAGAGAAACAAUAAGAGAAAGAGAAAGUAACGUAACCGAAAUUAAUUUCAAAUCGACCCGAUAAUUAGCGAACUAACAGUAAAGGAAACGUAUUAUCGUUGUUGUUAUUAUUAUCAUUAUUAUUAUUGUCAUUAUUAUUAUUAUCGUCGUUAUAUUAUAUUUAUUAUCCUUGUAUAUACGCGUGUUCGUAAUACGCGAGUCGCGAGAUCCGGCGAUUUAUUUACGAUCUGAACUGGACCUGCAUCAAACCGAUAUUUGGUGGAACAGAAAAUGGUUGCGGAAAAAUAUGAUAAGCUCGAACCUGAGCUGAAAGAGGAAUUGAAAAAAAUCGCCCAGCAGAUCGUGGCACCUGGAAAAGGAAUUCUCGCUGCGGAUGAAUCGACAACAACCAUCGGCAAACGUCUUAAGGACAUCAACGUUGAGAAUACCGAGGACAACCGCCGAGCUUACAGACAACUUCUUUUCACCAGCGCUAAGGACACCAUUGGCCAGCACAUCUCUGGUGUUAUCCUGUUCCACGAGACUCUCUACCAGAAGGCCGACGAUGGAACACCAUUCGUUGAGCUCUUGAAGCAACGUGGCAUCUUGCCAGGUAUCAAAGUGGACACGGGUGUGGUACCAUUAUUCGGCACCGACGACGAAUGCACCACUCAGGGUCUCGACGGUCUCCAGGCCCGUUGCAUCCAAUACAAAAAAGAUGGAUGUCAAUUCGCCAAGUGGAGAUGCGUGUUGAAGAUCAAGAAGGACUGCCCUAGCAAGCUCGCCAUUUUGGAGAACGCUAACGUCUUGGCUCGUUACGCUUCUAUCUGUCAGAGUGCUAGGAUCGUGCCAAUUGUCGAGCCCGAGAUCUUGCCUGACGGUGAUCAUGACCUUGCCCGUUGCCAACAAGUCACGGAAGAGGUUCUGGCCGCUGUGUAUAAGGCACUCUCUGAUCAUCAUGUGUACCUCGAGGGAACCCUUCUGAAGCCGAAUAUGGUAACACCAGGACAGAGCUGCCCGAAGAAAGCAUCUCCUCAAGAGAUCGCAGCUGCUACCGUGACCGCUUUACUGCGCACCGUGCCACCUGCAGUGCCUGGAAUCACCUUCCUCAGUGGUGGUCAAUCAGAAGAGGAGGCAUCCGUGAACUUGGACGCAAUCAACAAGUUCCCAGCGAACAAACCUUGGGCACUGACCUUCAGCUAUGGUCGUGCUCUUCAAGCCUCUGUUCUCCGUGCAUGGGGAGGCAAGAAGGAACAAAUUGCUGCAGGCCAGGAAGAACUUCUCAAGAGGGCUAAGGCAAAUAGUCUAGCCAGCCUAGCCAAAUACUCUGCUGGUAGCAUUGCUAGCGCAGCUGCAAAUGCCUCUCUCUAUGUGAAAUCUCACGCCUACUAAACUCUCUUCUUUUUCUGAGACAUGUUUCCAUAGCUAACAGCGAAUCGGCACUCGGCAAAUACGCUGGUGGCGUGGCGGGAGCUGCUGGUAACGCAGCGCUUUUCGUCGCGAACCACGCGUAUUAAAUAAUCAUUAGACAUCAAUAAGGAUUAGACAAUUAGAUCGUUCGUCGAACAUCGUCAACGUCGAUUACCGUUACCGGCAUGAAAACAUUAUCAUCGACAGUGAGGAUGGGGGAACGAAUGGAGAAAGACUCAAAAAACACUUCGAAAGCUCGAAACACAAAAUACGAUCGCGCAGCUUCUGUAUAAUUUUAUAUUUUUACUUGAAAAAAUAUAAACCUUGAAAUCGAAUCAACUGAAUUUUAACUAGUCGCAAUAAUUGGUACGUUUUCACGUGAUUUUCAAUCGAUAUGAAAUUCUGACAAUGCGUUUUAAUCUCGAAUAUGGAGAAGCUGAGGGAUAUAGAUUGUGUUUUACGAUAAAACCUAUUUCUCAGGAUCACACUGCUGUCGAUCACUAUCGAUUCUCUUCGCCGAUUGUCGUGUUUCUAAAGAAGCAAGCUACGAACGAUCGCCGCUAUUCUUCCUGCUUUUACACUUUCUAUUCUAAUCUUUUGCGCUAUCCUUUCACUCUUUUCCUCGCCUUUAUGUUCGUUCUGUCUAGGAUUACAUGAUACGACGAAGAGUGUUUAACGUAUGUUUCAUCAAAACUUCUGGCGAAGAAAUAGAAGAAACUCUGAAGAUUUACGACAAUCUUGGAGAGAAUGUGAUCGGCACGUAUGUACGCGAGCCUAUUCGGUAAAAUCAGUUGAAAAAGGUACAGGACAAAAUACAGAUAGAGAUUAUUUCACAGAUCGUGAACAGAUUUCGUGACAUUCGAAUUACGCACGCGUUAUUAUAUUCUGUAACACUACGGAUAAAAAGCAGAUAUAUAUAUUAUAUAUAUUGUCAAUGUCGUUAUAAUAUUCUACGUGUAUAAAAAGAAGCAAAAAAUAAAAAAAUAAAAAAAAAGACAAAGUAAAAAUACAUAUUAAAUGUUGUUUGUUAGUAAAUGAGUCGAAUAUUAUGAAGUCGUAAUAAUUAUGUCAUCUACUUAUACAAAAUAAAUAUCUUAUAUAUUAUAGAUAUAAGUAACGUAUUGAAAAGUAUCUCGUACAUCGAUGUUAUAUCUAAUAUUUUCAUUGUAAUCUAGGUCACCAAAUACACUGUGGAGGGUA